UGUAUGUGGUGUGAUGGGGGUUUAGAGAAAAGAAAAAAGAAGUAAACAUUUUUUAGGAUUCCAUCAUUUACUAUAAAUUGUAUUCGAAAUAACUGAUUAAAAUUGAGAUCAAUAAAGGAAUUGAGUGCUGAUAAACCAUAUCCGGCGAUGAACACUAGAACACACAAAGACCUGUGUUAUGGCCUUUGAACGAACGAGUUGGAGUUGCCUCACAGGGUUUUAUUAUCCUUUGUUGUGAGAAUAUUUGCAUUGUGAGGUGUGUCUUGCCUUCUGAUCACUUUUUAGUCAUUACUUUUUCGGUAGCUCAACAUUUCAGGCAUGGGCAUAACGAAAUUGGUUUUUUUAUGAGGCACAUUGACUUGUCUGAUUUAAACCCACUCGGUUUCUUUUCCACCUGCUGAGGAGAAGCUUGGCAAGCGAGAAACGUGUUUCUCCUCUACAGAAGUUCCAGUUUUCCUCUCUAGGAUGCUGCUUAAACCCAGAUCUGUAUUCUGUGGAGCGUUCUUUGGCUUUAUCAUGGUUCACAUGUACCUGAAGUCUUGCAGUAAAAUGAAUGUAGUGUUGUACACAAUUACCAAGGUUCAGCAUCAAGUUCCAAUCAAGGUCAACAUCUCCAUCGAGAAAUCAGAUGAAGUCGCGAAGCAGCUGAACUCGAAGCUGCGCAUUUUGUGCUGGAUCAUGACCCACCCCAACAACUUGGAGAAGAAAGCCAAACACGUCCGAGCCACGUGGGCCAAACACUGUGACAUGGUGCUCUACAUGAGCUCCAACAACAGUGACUUUCCAGCCGUGGGACUGAACGUGUCUGAGGGCAGAGAUAAUCUCUACUGGAAAACCAUCCGGGCCCUCCAGUACAUCCACACUCACCACCUAGAUGCCGCCGACUGGUUCCUCAAAGCCGACGACGAUACGUUCGUGGUGGUGGAGAACUUGCGGCGUCUCCUGAACCGACACGACACCGAGAAGCCCAUCUACCUGGGACACAGGUUCAGGGUGUUUGUGGCUCAGGGCUAUAUGAGCGGCGGAGCUGGAUAUGUCAUGAGCAGAGAGGCACUUAGGAGGUUCGUCCAAGGUUUCAGCUCAGGACAGUGCACACACACCAGCCCGGUGGAGGAUAUGGCCUUGGGGAGGUGCAUGCAGACCAUGAAGGUUGAAGCUGGCGAUUCGAGAGAUGAGCAGUUGAGAGAAACUUUUAAUCCCUUCACUCCGGACAUGCACUUGCGUCCUCUAGACUUCGGGGAGAAGCUGCCCUGGGGCUACAGUUACUAUCCGCCAAAACAAGGACCGGAUUGCUGUUCAGAUUACGCCAUCAGCUUUCACUACAUCCUGCCUCACAGGAUGUACGAACUGGAGUACUACACUUAUCACCUGCGACCUUAUGGAUAUCAGUACAGGUUUGACCCGGAUGUCACGGCCAAUGGCACCGAAAAACCCUGAGUUUAAAAAAGAAAUGAAGAAAAGUAGACAAAAAACAUAUUUUUUAAAUUAAAGACUGUCUGGAAAAGAUUUUAUUGAAAAUUAAAGCUCAUUUAUGGCUUAUUUAUUUAUAACUAGAGAUACAACUAUUAAUACAACUAUUAAUAAAUGUAUUUAUAACAAUAACCAUUUGUAAAUUUGCAAAAAAGAAUAAAGGGAUAUUUAUAUUUAUAAAAGUUUUUAAGGAGCUCUGAAAACGUCUGUAUGAAAGAAUGUAAAGGAUUGUACAGUAUGUGAUACAGUGGAUAUGCAUUGGUAAAAAAAUAGCCUUGUUUACCAUCACCUUGGUUCUUGUACUGAUUAUAAAACAACACGUUUUUAACAUUACAAAUCAAUUACACGUUUUUUUUUCUUUUCCACCAGUGUUGAGUCAUUUCAAAUCCUACCCCUGAUCUGAACACUUUGCAGUUUGCAUGUCUCUCUAUAUUUAAGAUUAUAAUAACCGCCACUCUUCAGGGAAGAUGUUCCACUAGAGUUUGUGUAGUGGAGAUCCAUUCAGCCUCAAUGGUGUAAGUAAAAGCAGGUAGUGAUGUAGGUGAGGUGAGGAGACCUGGGAUGCAGCCAGUGUUUAUAUUCAUUCAUUUUAAUAGGGUUAAUUUCAGCAGGAGAUCUUCCACUCCAAACCCAUGGAAAGCAGAUCUUCAGGGAACUGGCUUUGUGCACAGGUGCAUGGUCAUGCUGGAACAUUUUUGGAUCUCCUGGUUAAAGUAAAUGGAAAUUUCAUGCUGCCACAUUCAAAGACGUCCACACAAAUGUGUGCCUCCAAGUUUUGGAGAAACCACAUAUGGCUGGAAAAGUCAGGUGUCCCAAUACAAUUGUCAAUAUAGUGUCUUGCUCUUGAUAACUCCUUAGAAGUGUUAACUAAAAUGGCCACCAAGAGUAGAAUGUAAUAGUAUUUACAGUGGAACCCGGUUAUGUCGAUGUCCUAGGGGGACGCCAAAAAGCAUCGAGGUAACCGAUGAUCGAGAUAAACGAAAAUCAAAAUGGCGGCAAUAUAUUAACGUGCUUGAAAUUUCU